AUGGUACAAAGAGGAACGCGCAUAGGGCCGCUGCCUGGGGGUCGCCGGGGCGCGUCUGGAGCUGGCGCUGGACGCGGCAGCAUGCGGGCCGCCAGCCGAGCGCGAGGAGCUGCACGAUCACCUAGCAGCCCUCCGCAUCCAUCAUCCCCACCAGAAGGCUUGGUGUCGGCUGGGUCUUCUCGGACUCAGCAAGCGGCACCCGCCGCUGGUGGAGCACGUCGCAUGCUUUGGUCACAAGAAAUGAACGCAAACGCACUGCGGGCGUACUUUAGGGCAAAAGGGGAAGAAACUGGAUGUGGUUGGCAUAUCGGGCUCGGAUGCAUCGUCUUUUUUGCAGAGCUGGAGCCAUCUCUAUCCGUCACAGAGCAAAACCUGGCAGACCGAGUUCGGUACAUCCUGCGCUCCAAAAUAUUCGGUGACGCCGAACUCGAACGACUACGACGUGAGGCUGUUCCCUCAUCGGAUGGAAAUGCUACGGCUGGGGAUGCGGCGCCACAAAUGGCGACAGCAAACUGCAAACGUGGACGCCGCCGUGAAUAUUCCAUUUGUAGUUGA